AUGAGCACAUCCGCAGCAAUCUUACCCGUGUCGGAGCAGGAUGGAUUCGUUGUGGUUGGACAAGAUUCAUCAUCACCAAUAAAGAAGAACAAUGAAGAUUCCAUUUCAUCAACACCAAUCAUCACUGAUAACACAAAUACAACUAAUAUUGUAAAUUCAGAUCAAUCAAAAUUUCAAUCAUCAUCAUCCGAAGAGGAGGACACACCUUUACCACCCUCUCCCACAGAACCUCCCUUUAUUGAUAUUAUUGUGGACCGAGAUAACGUCACUGUUGCAGCCAUUGCAUUGAGAAACAAUAUGGAUAUUGAUGAAUUUCUUUAUGCAAAUCCUCAUUAUUCACUUUUAGAUAUUAUUGACAAAGGAACAAAGGUCAAAAUUAAAAAUCCGAAACAUUUCGAACAAAAACAGAAAAGAGAUGCAAGAAUGAGAGAAAUUUGGAAAAAGCAAGAGGAAGAAGAGCGAUUAAAAGAAUUAAAAGAACCUGUAAAAAACUCUCCCGAACAAUCAUCAACAAGUCAAACUUAUUCUGAAACCGUCAUCAAGCAUCAUUUAAAUCCAAAACAUUUGUCACAGUCUGCAAUUAACAUUGCUGGUGAUAUGGUGGAUUCUGUUGGACAUACUGUUGCAGAAGGUAUUGGAUCAGUAGCAAGUGGUGUCGGAACAGUUACAAAGGCCUCUACAAAUAUGGUUGGAUCAGUUGCUUCCAGUGUUGGAAAUACUGCUCUGAAUAUUGCUGGUGGUGUGGGAAAUGUGGCAACCUCAGUCAGCAAAACUGUUGGAAGUACAGCAAUGAGCUUGGCAGGUGGUGUUUGGGGUUGGGGAUCAUCCAUGAUGGGGUUUACAUCAAGAUCACGAUCUGGUUCCUCCUCAACAUCCAAUGCUUUGGUCCAAGGUGAUGAUCUUGUUGUUAAUGAUGGAACAGUUGGCAACAAUCAUGAAUUAUCCACACAAACACGAAAAAGAGCUAAUUCAGAGGUUGGAGAUUACAUUUCUAUGAUUCCCUUCACUGGUGAUAUUAUUUUCCAAGGACGAUUACCCACCCCAACCAACUCCCCAAGUACUUCUCCAAAAGUUGAUCCUCACAUUCCAACGACUACAACAACACCAUCAGAAGAAUUUGCUCCACCAUUGCAAUUACAUCAUCAUGUUUCAAAUAUUGAUUUAAAGAUUCAAUAUAGAACUCCUGAAAUUAUUGGAGCUACAAAACCAGUCAUUUUGAAAGAAUCACAACUACGAGAACUUUCUCUUUCUUUACCCGUCAGAUUUAGAAACAAAAAUUUCCUUUUGCUUUACUCAACACAGGAACACGGAAUUAGCUUACAAACCAUGUAUAGAAAAAUUGAACAACGUGAACCAGUCAUUCUCGUUGUGCAAACCAUGAAAGGAGAAAUUUUUGGAGCCUUCCUUACAGAACAAGUGGAAAUGACUAAAAAGGAGAGAUACUAUGGAGAUGGACAAUCUUUUGUUUUUAAAUUUGAAAAACAAACCUCGAAUCAUUCAAAACCACAUUCUCCUCACCCUGAAGAUGAUGAAUAUGUUCUAGUUCAUAAUUCACAUCCCAAACACAAAGAACAGCAAACCAUAUGUGUAUAUAAUUGGACAAGAAAGAAUGAAUAUUUUCAAUUGACAAGCGCACGUCAAUUUUCAGUGGGUGGUGGAGGUCAAGGAUUUGCUCUCACUCUUGAUCCAGAUCUCAAAUAUGGAUCAUCUUAUUCGAGUGAGACCUUUGGAAAUGAUCCUCUUACCAGUCAUACAGAUUUUGAAAUUUUUGCGGUUGAAGUGUUCACUCUCGAAUCCCUUUUCUCUUCGACUCCAUCAAAAACUAAUUCUGCCAUCACCUUUAAACUCCAACAGCUGUAA